CUUGCCGGAUAAUAAGGGGUGGAUCACGUGAGUAGGAAAACCAUUCAGAGAAUUCUAUGCGAUAAGCCGCUAGACAGAUCGACCAAUGGCGUACAUUAGACUUUGUACUUCGUCGAAACGCACGUGCGGUAGAGAAAAGCGGCUCAGGGUGUUUCAGAGUUAGUGUGCUUCCUCGUGAAAGGAGUCAGGACGUCGUUUUGGGAAUAAAUUCUGAGAGGUGUGCGUGAGGUGUUAUCGUGGUUAAUAAAGAGCUGCCGAAUUAAACGGGAGCCGUGUGAAAAUUUGAAAAGGUUUAUCAGAGAAAGAUGACAUUGGGCGCACAGAUCGAGGCCUCCACGGAAAAUGGGAGUACGAAAAUCCCUCUGCUGAACGGCAACGAGGAUCAAACAACUACUGAUAUGAAAGAAACCGCGGAGGAGACCGGAAGUGCGAGUACGGCCGCGAAGAACGUCGUCGAGAAGGGUGAAGUUGAAGCCACGAAAGAGAAAGGUGAUGAGAACGAGAAAGAAACAGAAAAGGAAAAGGACGAAGAAAAAGACAAGAAGAACGAUAAGAGUGAGAAAGAUGCAGAUGGUGAUAAGGAUGGCAGUGAGCAAGAAAUUGUUUUCAUUCAAGACAUGGGAUUCACUGUUAAAAUUGUCAGUCCGGGUGCGGAACCUUUUGACAUACAAGUUUCCAGUAUGGAAUUGGUUCAGGAAAUCCAUCAGUUACUCAUGGAUCGCGAGGACACAUGCCACCGAACAUGUUUCUCCCUUCAGCUGGAUGGCAACACUUUGGAUAACUUUGCCGAACUGAAGAACAUCGAGGGCCUAAAAGAAGGAUCGGUGAUUAAAGUCGUGGAGGAACCAUAUACAAUGCGAGAAGCUCGUAUACAUGUACGACACGUCCGUGACUUGUUGAAGUCCGUAGAUCCUGCGGACGCGUAUAAUGGCGUCGAGUGUGCCAGUUUAUCGUUCCUAAAUGUUGUCACGAAUGGUGACAUCCUCGAGAAGAAAAAAAGCAGGGCAGAUUCGGUCGAUUGUACUCCGCCCGAUUACAUUAUACCCGGGUGUAAAGAUAGACCGUUACUACCUCUACAACCGCAAGCCAAAGAGCAGAAAUGUCCUCCUUGUUUAAAAGUUUUAACAACGUCCGGAUGGAAUCCACCACCCGGCCAUAGAAAGUUGCAUGGUGAUUUGUUAUACUUACACGUUGUAACAUUAGAGGACAAACAGUACUAUUUAACUGCGUGUGCCAGAGGGUUCUUCGUCAAUCAGUCGACAAAAGAAGUGUUUAAUCCGAAACCAGCGACCCCGAGUCAUCUGUGUCACAGCUUAAUUGAACUACUGAACCAGCUCAGCCCGGCAUUUAAACGGGGUUUCGCUGCCAUGCAAAGGCGAAGAACACAAAGACAUCCUUUUGAAAGAGUGGCUACACCGUAUCAGCUGUACGCGUGGUCCGCACCUCAGAUCGAGCAUACGAUCGAUGCAAUACGCGCUGAAGAUACUUUCUCAUCUAAGUUAGGCUAUGAAGAGCAUAUACCAGGACAAACUCGAGAUUGGAACGAAGAGUUGCAAACAACUAGAGAGCUUCCUCGUAAAAACUUGCCAGAAAGAUUGCUUAGAGAACGUGCUAUCUUUAAAGUUCAUAGCGAUUUCGUUGCCGCUGCAACUCGGGGAGCGGUGGCGGUGAUAGACGGUAACGUGAUGGCAAUAAAUCCAGGAGAAGAGGCAAAAAUGCAGAUGUUUAUAUGGAACAAUAUCUUCUUUUCGCUGGGAUUCGACGUGAGAGAUCAUUAUAAAGAGCUUGGCGGUGAUGCUGCUGCAUUUGUCGCGCCUCGUAACGAUCUUCAGGGUGUGCGAGUGUAUGCUGCCGUUGACUUACCCGGUCUUUAUACACUUGGUACCGUUGUGAUCGAUUACAGAGGAUACCGUGUCACCGCUCAGUCAAUCAUCCCAGGAAUCUUGGAACGCGAGCAGGAGCAAUCUGUUGUUUAUGGUUCUAUAGAUUUUGGAAAAACGGUUCUCACGCAUCCUAAGUACCUAGAACUGUUGAACAAAACUGGUCAACAAUUAAAAAUUCUUCCUCAUAAAGUUAUCAACGACGCUGGUGAAGAAGUUGAACUUUGCAGUAGCGUAGAAUGCAAAGGUAUCAUUGGAAAUGAUUCGCGACAUUAUGUGCUGGAUUUGUUACGAACUUUUCCUCCUGAUGUCAAUUUCCUCAAAUUGGAAGGCGUUGAGCUGAGCAAAGAAGCUAAAGCUUUAGGUUUUCCAAUUGAGCACAAGCAUAAAUUAGCUUGUCUUCGUCAGGAAUUAAUAGACUCAUUUGUUGAGGCCAGAUACGUUCAAUUCAUUAAGCAUGCCGCUGUUCAUCUUCAACAACUAACGUCUGCAAGAAGAGUGCAGAAGGAAAAAGAGACUACUAUUAAGGAAGGUAAAAAAGAAGAGUCGAAUGCCGUUGCAGUGGAUAGUAAUAAAGAAGAUUCUACUCAUGCACUGAUCGAGACGGAUGAAGCCAAAAAAAUUGUGGAAAGUAUUACUGAUUCUAUUACUGGUGGAGAAAAGCAAGAAUUGGAGGAAAGUACGAAAGAAAUAGUUAGACGAGCUGCCGCAGCUGUUGGAAGUUUGCGAGAAGCUGAAUUCGAUGUUAGGUUCAAUCCAGAUGUAUUUUCGCCGGGUGUAAAACAUCCAGAUCCAAAUGGCCCUGCUUUAAAAAAACAGAAACAGUUGGUACAAGAUGCUGCUGACUUUUUAUUAACGGUGCAAAUUCACACUUUCAUUCGAGAAUGUUUAGAUCACACAGCUGCCGCAAUGGACGGUAGUACAUUAGUAGAAGCUUUGCAUGGUAAAGGUAUCAAUGUACGAUAUCUGGGUAAACUAGCAGUCAUGUUAGCUACGGUUCCACAAUUACAAUAUCUUAAACGUAUUGUUGUUUCUGAACUUAUUUUACGCUCAGCGAAACACAUCUUCACAUUUUACAUGCAGGGUACAGAAUUAAUGAGCUUGUCUGCGGCAAUUAGUCAUUUCCUGAAUUGCCUAUUGUCUUCAGCACAAAUCAUUCAUCCGCAACAGAAUCUAGAAGAGCUUCAGAGUAAAACUGCCAAACGACGCAAUAAAAGGAAAGGUAGAAAUAAUGGUCCACAACAGUCUGAGGUGGAGUGGGCUUCCUUAACACCUAAAUCUCUUUGGCAGCAAAUUAAAGGAGAUCUGAAAAGUUACUACGACUGGGAAACACCGUGCCCAGAAUCAUUGGACGCUACGAUAGAUCAUUUUCAUCUUCAAAAAAUCUCUUUACUACGUAAUUUCUGUAUAAAGACUGGUAUUCAGAUAUUGUUACGCGAAUACAACUUUGAAAAUAAGAAUAGAGCCACGUUCUUUGAGGAAGAUAUCCUCAGUAUAUUCCCUGUUGUUAAACAUAUCAAUCCUAGAGCAAGCGACGCAUACAAUUUCUAUACAACGGGUCAAAGUAAAAUUCAGCAAGGUUAUUUAAAAGAUGGCUAUGAAUUGAUCAGUGAGGCACUGAAUCUCUUGAAUAACGUUUAUGGUGCUAUGCAUCCUGAAAUUGCACAGUGUCUCAGAAUGCUUGCACGAUUAAAUUACAUAAUGGGUGACCAUACAGAAGCUCUUGCUACUCAACAAAAAGCGGUACUCAUGUCGGAAAGAGUUAAUGGAAUUGAUCACCCAUAUACUAUUACAGAAUAUAUUCACCUGGCUUUAUACUCUUUCGCCAAUGGUCAAGUUUCCGUGUCAUUAAGGCUACUCUAUAGGGCACGCUAUUUGGCAUUAUUAGUUUGUGGCGAAGAUCAUCCAGAAGUAGCACUUCUUGAUAGUAAUAUAUCGCUGAUACUUCACGCCGUUGGGGAAUACGAAUUAUCGCUCCGCUUUUUGGAGCAUGCUUUAGCUUUAAAUCUUCGAUAUCACGGCCCAAGAUCUCUAAAAGUAGCAGUUUCUUAUCAUCUUGUUGCUAGAACUCAGUCUUGUAUGGGUGAUUUCCGUGCAGCUUUAAAUAACGAGAAGGAAACAUACGCUAUAUACAAGCAACAAUUAGGCGAAGAUCAUGAAAAGACCAAAGAAAGUAGCGACUGUUUGAGACAUCUUACGCAACAGGCCGUCGUUUUACAAAAGAAGAUGAACGAAAUUUAUACUGGCAAAUCGGGCGUUAGUCUGCCACCAAUUCAAGUGCAACCACCUAGUAUGGGAUCUGUGUUGGAUAUGUUGAAUGUAAUCAAUGGUAUUCUGUUUGUUCAAAUCAGCCAGCAGGACAUCGAGAAUUUCAAAGCAGAAAUGGAAAAGCGACAGAAGGAACAGACACCUGACGGUGAAAUCAAGGCUCUUCAAAAUGGAACCAAGAAGAACGAGAAGGAAAAUAAGAAAGAAGAAAAAGAGAACAAUAAAAAGGAAGAAAAAGAAAAUAGAAAAAAUGAGAAGGAGUCUAAGAAGGAAGAUAAAGAGAACAAAAAAGAUGAAAAGGAGAAUAAAAAAAUAGAAAAGAAAGUUGAAGCGCAAAAAAUAGAGUUGAAAAAAUUGGACGAGAAUAAAACAACAUUAGAACCAGUGGCUGCAGAAAGCUGAGCUCAUUCUAAGUCGCUAAUGAUGAUACUUAGUAAUUUUUUUUCUGAAUCCUAGUCUCUUUCCUGCCCGCGUCCAGUCUUUGCAGGAGUAACGCGCGUAUGGUAUAAUAUAAUUGAUUGGGAUAAAACGAAAAUUGCGGUGAUCGUUCAAUGAGGAUCGUUAUUUGAUGUAUCGGUAUAUACAUUUAUAAAGUGCUAUCAGAAUUGAACUUUUACAGUGUGGCGAUUAUUGACAAUAUCAGCGUGAAAUUUUCGGGAGCUAGAUUUUUUAACGCUCGCGAUGCUCGAGUACGAUACGCCAAGUUAAAAAAAAUUAAUUUGACUGAUUUCCGACUGCAUAUAUAUUCACUAAUAUAUAACUAAUUCUUCACUUGUGUAAAUAAUUCUGAACAAAGAAAUUCAUUGCCUUAGCACAUGUGCUUAUCAGAACGUUGUUCAUAGUUUGAUCAAAUACAGACUUAAUGAACCACUACGAACAAAACGGGGUAUGUUUUCAAACAAUUAAAGAGAGUUGUGUCGCCUUUA